AUGCCAAACUUCCACAAAAUCAGCGCCCACAGAUCCGCCUGCCUCGCGCUCUACAAAGCCCUCCUAACGCACACCAAGCACCUCCCCUUCUCCAAAGCCAUCAAGAAGGACGCGCACACCGCCAUCACCAAAGGCUUCCGCAAAGGCCGAACCAUCCAAGGCCUCACCAACAUCCGCGCCGCCCUCAAGUCCGCCUACGAGACCGAAACGCUCUUCCGCCACGCCGCCACCGGCCACCCCACCCACACCCCACACCUCCUGCAGCAACUGCACUCCCACCGCGCCCUCAAGCGGUCCCAAAAAGCACUCUCCACCGCGCCCUCCCGCCCCCCACCCACCUUCCCGCCGCCCACGCCGCCCACCACACGCCUAAAGCGCCUCAAGCGCCUCGCGGCGCAGACCGACCCCGUCGCACGGGAGCGGUGGCAGCGCGGCGCCGCGAUCCACCGCCGAGGCAUACCAACCAUAGGACACUCGUCUACGUUCCCUGUACUACGACGGCCCGGGAGGGAGCAGAGCGUGCGCAUGGAUAUGACGAUCAAGCGCAAGAUCAUCAAGCGGCAGCAGCGGCUGGACUUGGGUGAGGUGCUGGAGGGGCAUGUAGUUGUUGCGCGGGACGAGGAUGCGUUUGAUCGGCUGCUGGGGCUGGAGGAUGACGGGGCACGGUUCGGAGGCGAGGCGGACGCGGCGUGGAGGGAGGUGAAGGGGCGGAUGAGGGCUGCUGAGGAGCGGGCGGUGGCGCUGACGAGGAGGUUUGAGGAGAUUAGUGGGGGGGAGAGGAGGAGGAAGGAGGAGGCCGUGAGGGAGUAUAAGAGGGCGAAGAGGCAGAGGUUGAGGCGCGAGAAGAGGGAGAGGGAGGCGAAGGCGGGGGGAAGGUCAUAG